AUGGCCCGGAUAGAUCGGGUGCGGGCCGAGCAUCACCCCUUCGACGCUAAAUGCUUACCCUUACCCAGCGCGCGCACGAUAAUUCCAAGGGGCGUUUCAGCCAGCGUCUUGUCGUGUAUCGCAUGGAGGGGGGGGGGAAUCGAGAAAAGCGUUAUUUUGCGCUCGCUGCGCCCCCCUUGCAUCGUUAAUCUUAAAACAAACUGUGCUCCCCGGUCGUAG